GGGCUGAUAGCGCUCCUGCAAGCAUGGUGAAAGUUCCUAAAACCCGGCAAACUUUCUGUAAUAAGUGUGGCAAGCACCAACCCCACAAAGUGACACAGUACAAGAAAGGCAAGGAUUCUCUGUAUGCCCAGGGAAAGCGGCGUUAUGACAGGAAGCAGAGUGGCUAUGGUGGACAGACUAAGCCAAUUUUCCAGAAAAAGGGCAAAACUACAAAAAAGAUUGUGCUGAGGCUUGAGUGUGUUGAACUCACCUGCAGAUCUAAGAGAAUGCUGGCUAUUAAGAGAUGCAAGCAUUUUGAACUGGGAGAAGAUAAGAAGAGAAAGGGCCGAGUGAUCCAGUUCUAAGCUUCAUCUUUUGUGUUAUUAUGAAGACAAAUAAAACCUAGCCAUGUUCACUUCAAAAAAAAAAAAA